AUGGCUCAGCUUACUAUGCAGUGGAGUCUUGUAGAAAACCAACAACAAACGGAGCCGUUGAAGUAUGAUUAUUCGAUCAGUCAGUCAAACUGGAAUUAUACGAACGAGUGCGCCUCAGCCGCAACACCACCUGGACUGCUGGUAGCACGGUGUUGCUUGAAGAGGGAACUUGAAGGGAUGUUGGCCCCAUGGCGCCUGUCAUUUGCCCGUUCGACCAACGAGGCCCACAAUAACGAUGGAUUAGACCAAGCCAAAAGAGGGAAACCCAUCGUUCCUGCCAAGUGA